AUGGUAGAUGCUCCAAAUGUUAGGGAGGAGGUCCGUGAGCACGCAGUACGGUGGAACUCAACGUUCUCGUUCGUGUGCAAGAUGUACGCAAAUGCGAACACGGGUGUGUUGGAGCCGGCUAAACUACGAGUUUCUGUACGGAAGGAGUGUAAAGGCGGUCGUUCAUACCAGAAGCUGGGCUUCUGCGACAUGAACCUCGCAGAGUUGGCGGGUUCGGGAGAAACGACACGGCGGUGUCUUCUAGAGGGUUACGACAAUAAGUCCCGGCAGCGGCAGGAUAACUCUGUUCUCAGGAUACGCAUCAAGAUGAAUAUGAUUUCUGGAGACCCUCUGUUUAAAGUACCUGAAAGCAAACAAGAAGUGUCUGAAGGCAGAUCGGCGGGGACUCCGGAUAGCGGAGCGGAUACAGCGCCAGCGGCAGACGACGACUGCGCCUCGUCAACUGCCAGCUCGGGCUUCGGAUCAUUGACUAAGAAGCACAAUUAUGAGGGUAGCCACAAUCAGCCGUUAUCAUCCCUCCCAUCGUGCGACCUACCUUCGCCUGACAAUGAGGAACCGCCCACGCCUCUUCCGGAUUAUCCUGGUCUAACCGUAGUAUCCGGAUCAUGCGCCGAAUGUCAUCAACAGCCGCACACGCACUCUCGCAACUCGUCCAACACUUCGGGAGACAUGAGCAGCAAGGCAUCAGGGUACGGCAGUUCCGUGUCAGCUGCCUCUGCUCACUCGAGGCAGAGCUCCGAAGGUGAUUCCGCACCUGACAGGCCACAUCACAAUAGCGUGCGCGUGGAACGAACUACGAGGACAACGACCACAGUAUACGUGCCGCGAUGCAAGCACGCGGGCCUCGCCAAGCUGGUCAUAGAACGGACCCUCACUGACACCUCUGACCUUUACCUAUCCCCUCCUUCUGACGUCUCUGAUCCCUAUCUCACCCCCAACGCGACUCUCACGGCACAGCCUGACGUCAUACCGAGGCAUGUCAUACAUUCCCCCCCAAGCGAAGAGUACAAAACCCCAGACAGCACAAUACACGACGAUUCAUUCACGAUGCCCACGUACUUCGAUCAGAAGAGACGAGCUGCAUCGAUAAUAUCGUCAGUCGUAGAACCGCUCACUAACUUCCAAAUUCUCAAACAGAAGUCUCUCAACACUAUUCCAGCUUUAAUAGAGAAGAACAAAAAGAAUGAGGAGCUGUUCACGAACUUUCCCUUCUUAACGCCUCUCGCGCAUAGAAAGAACUCUCUAGUCGCAAACAGGCUCUCCGGUUGCAUAGAAGAUGAGUUCUAUUGCAUUCCAUCUGAGCCCGAGGAUCUGACGGAGAAGAUAGACGUGAGGCAUAGGUUUAGGAGUGUCUCCAACCGGGCGCUAAAUGAGCAGAUGACAUCCACCCCAAAGUCAGAGGUGGAACUUCUAAGGCACAGUGUCGCCGUAUGCGCAAGAAAUCCGUCUUCGGGGUCAUUGACCGCAUCAGCGUCUGAGUCGGGUUCGUUGGAGCGCGCGCGUGCCGCACUCGAGAGACGGAAAAGAGUCGCUGUACCGCCCGUACAAGACGAUACACAGCAUGCGGUAUCGUGUCGUGUGGAGAACACCCGUGUGAACCCUAAGUCCCUGAUCGAGGAGAUCAUCUCCGCCACCGAUCUUAAGCAGGCUGUAGAGGAUCCGGCCGAGACUUCCGGUCUCCAACUGUUCAUAACGCCGGAAGGAACGGCGGAACUAGGUUCGAGACAGCGUGCAAGACAACUUGCGAGACGAGAUUACCAACGUGUUGUGUUACACCCCCAUCCCAGACCACACCCGAGGGACCACAGGUGA